UUGUAAAGGACAGGACAUAUACUGCUUUAUCGAAACUAUGGGGAAAAAACGGAAGUUUUCUUCUUUGGAGAUAUCACUCAUCGUGCUGUUCAUUCUAGUGACUAUUGCGGCAAUUGUUCUGGUUGUACUGUUUGCUAUUGGAGAACCUGGAGUUAAAGAAACAACAACUACACCAUUUGAACCAAAAUGUUCUGAUGUAAAACAUGAAGAUAGGAUAGACUGCCUUCCAGAUCAGAUGGCUUCAGAGAACGUCUGUACAGGUCGUGGCUGUUGUUGGAGUCCAUAUAAUGAAACUCAAGCACCAUGGUGUUUUUUCUCAAGCAAUUAUGGGUAUGAAGUGGAGAGUGGAAAGAUUACAACUCAAACAGGGAUUGAAGCAAACCUGAGAAGAUUGCCCACACCUUCUAUGUUUCAAAAUGAUAUAGAAGAGCUCCAUUUAAGUGCACAAAUGCAGACAAAGAACAGAUUUCGAUUCAAGAUUACAGACCGCAAAAAUCCAAGAUUUGAAGUUCCUCAUGAGCAUGUAAACCAAUAUACUGGUACAGGAGAGCCUAAUCCAAAUUAUACAGUUGAAUUAAAAGAGCAACCUUUUGGCAUAAAAGUUAUAAGAAAAUCUAAUUCCAAAGUCCUAUUUGACACUACUAUAGGACCUCUUAUCUAUGCUGACCAAUUCCUACAGUUGUCAAUUAGAUUACCAAGUUCGAAUAUAUAUGGACUGGGGGAGCAUGUUAAAAGGCAAUAUAAGCUUGACACAUACUGGAGAAAGUGGGCCAUAUUUACAAGAGAUUGGUUCCCCAAUGGAGAUGGAAAUAAUUUAUAUGGUGCACAAACAUUUUUCCUGUGUUUGGAGGAUGACAGCGGGGCUUCUUUUGGUGUCUUUCUAAUGAACAGCAAUGCAAUGGAAGUGCUAAUUCAGCCUGCCCCCGCAGUAACCUAUCGAACUAUAGGAGGAAUCCUAGACUUCUAUGUCUUUGUUGGAAACAAUCCAGAAGAAGUAGUUAUGGAAUACCUAGAAUUUAUUGGAAAACCUUACAUGCCAGCAUAUUGGACCCUUGGUUUCCACAUAAGUCGAUGGGGCUACAAAUCAUUGGAUGAAGUGAAACAAGUUGUUGAAAGAAACAGAGCCCUUGACAUACCAUAUGAUGUUCAAUUUACUGAUAUUGACUAUAUGGAAAAUAGGAAAGACUUCACCUAUGAUAAAGUGAAUUUUAAAGAUCUACCAUCAUUUGCUACUGAUCUUCAUAACAAUGGUCAAAGAUAUAUUAUAAUACUAGAUCCUGCCAUUGCAAUUACACCACUUGCAAAUGGUCCUUACUUGGCAUACGACAGAGGUGAAAUCAUGGGUGCAUGGGUGAAUGAGUCAGAUGGAAUAACACCACUUAUUGGAGAGGUCUGGCCAGGAGUUACAGUUUUUCCUGACUACACUAAUGAUCGGUGCACACAAUGGUGGAUUAACGAAUGCUUAGAAUUCUACAAAGAAGUGGAGUAUGAUGGCAUAUGGAUUGACAUGAAUGAAGUGUCUAACUUUAUAAAAGGAUCUAGCAAAGGCUGUGUUGAUAAUAUGUUAAACUAUCCUCCUUACAUUCCAGGUAUUUUGGACGGAGUUAUGUAUUCAAAGACGAUUUGCAUGGAUGCAAAACAAGCCUGGGGCAACCACUAUGAUGUUCAUAGUUUGUAUGGAUAUGCAAUGAUUCUGUCUACUGAAGAAGCCAUCAAAGCUGUUUUCCCUGGAAAAAGAAGUAUAAUUUUUUCUCGAUCUAAUUUUGCUGGAGCAGGCAAAUACUCAGGACACUGGCUUGGCGAUAAUGCUGCCAACUGGAAUGAUAUUAAGUGGGCUAUACCAGGAAUGCUUGAAUUCAGUCUUUUUGGAAUACCUUAUAUUGGUGCAGACAUUUGUGGCUUUUUUGAUGAUUGCUCAGAAGAACUCUGCGCAAGAUGGAUGCAAGUUGGAGCUUUUUAUCCUUUUUCUAGAAAUCACAAUGCAGAGAAUUAUAAGCCUCAAGAUCCUGCCUCUUUUGGAGCCGAUUCUAUUGUAGUUAAAACAUCAAAGCACUAUUUAAGCAUCCGCUACAGUUUGCUGCCUUAUCUCUACACCCUGUUCUACAAAGCUCACUCCAUAGGGGAAACUGUGGUGCGACCUCUACUUCAUGAGUUCUAUUCUGAUACAGAAACUUGGGCAAUAGAUCAGCAGUUUUUGUGGGGACCCGCCCUACUUAUUACACCCAUUCUCAAUUCGGGUUCUUCCAAUGUAGAAGCUUACAUUCCUGAUGCAGUGUGGUAUGAUUAUGAGACAGGUGCAUUGGCCCCAUGGAGAAAACAAAAGGCAUCCAUGUAUCUCCCAAUUGAUAAACUUGGACUUCAUGUAAGGGGUGGAUACAUAUUACCUACUCAGAAACCAGCUCGUACAACAGCAUACAGCCGUAAAAAUCCACUUGGACUCAUUGUUGCUUUGGAUGAAUCAGGAACUGCCAAAGGACAACUUUUCUGGGAUGAUGGAGAAACUAGAGACACCUUGAAAUCAGAAACGUAUACUUUAUAUGAUUUUUCAGUGUCAAAUAACAUGCUACAUUUGACUGUUAGUCAUAAAGGAUAUAGUGACCCAAAUAAUUUAAAGUUUGAAGAAAUCAAAGUUUUUGGAGUUCCUCAAAGUGUGAGUGUAGUCAAAGUAAAGAAAAACGGAGUUGACGAAUCUCAAUCUGUUGGUAUUGCUUAUGAUUCGAACAAGGUUCUAACUCUAACCGGACUUCAGCUAACGUUAGGAGAAUCAUACACUGUAGAAUGGGAUCAACUUCUCAAUGAAUAUGAAAAGUUUGAUUGUUACCCGGAACCCGGUGCUGAUGAAACUAAAUGCACAAGCCGUGGCUGUAUCUGGCAGGCUAGCAGUGUACCUAAUGUUCCAUGGUGCUACUAUCCCAGUGAUCAUGGAUAUCAAGUAAACAACAUUGAGACAUCAGCUUUUGGUUUAACAGCUGUAUUAUCUAAAGGUUCCAAGGUUUUACCACGUUUUGGAACUCGCUCCAUUUCCACUCCUAUUGAUACAGUGCGUUUAGAUGUGAUAUAUCAUGACAAUCAUAUGCUCCAAUUUAAGUUCUCUGACCCGAAUAAUAAGCGAUAUGAAGUUCCAAUAAAAUUAAAUACACCCAGCAGUCCAACAAGUAAUGAGGCAGAGCGGCUUUAUGAUGUUAUCGCAAAGACUAAUCCAUUUGGACUUCAGAUCAGACGAAAAAGCACUGGAACUAUCAUCUGGGACUCCCAAGUGCCAGGGUUUACCUUCUCAGAUAUGUAUCUAGAGAUUUCAACUCGACUAGCAUCGCAUUACAUCUACGGGAUUGGAGAGACUGAGCACGAAACAUUCCGGCAUAAUUUGAAUUAUUCUAAAAUAGGGCUAUUUGCCAAAGACCAGCCCCCGUUAAACCAUGUAAAUUCGUAUGGUUUGCAUCCUUACUAUAUGGGACUGGAAGAAGAUGGCAACGCUCAUGGUGUUCUUUUACUAAACAGCAAUGCAAUGGAUUUCUCUCUACUACCACUACCAGCUUUAACAUAUCGCACAAUUGGGGGGAUUUUUGACUUUUAUAUGGUUUUGGGACCAACACCAGAAGUAGUCGUACAACAGUACACAUCACUUGUCGGACGCCCUGUUAUGCCAGCAUAUUGGUCUAUUGGAUUCCAGUUGUGUCGUUACGGAUACAAAGAUGACAAGGAAAUCUCAGACCUUUAUAAUGAGAUGGUUAAUGCCCAGAUACCAUAUGAUGUACAGUAUGCUGAUAUUGACUAUAUGGAGAGACAGAUGGAUUUUACACUAGGCGCCUCCUUCGCAGGACUUCCAAGUCUGGUUGACAAAAUUCGAACAGAUGGAAUGAGAUUUAUCAUACUUUUGGAUCCAGCUAUAGCAGGAAAUGAAACUAAUCCUUAUCCAGCAUUUGAACGGGGUGUCCAGGAUGAUGUAUUUAUAAAAUGGGCUGAUGGAAGUGAUAUUGUAUGGGGAAAGGUUUGGCCAGAUCUGCCUAAUGUAACUGUUGAUGAAGGAUUAGACUGGGACACACAAGUACAGCUUUACAGAGCCUAUGCAGCAUUCCCAGAUUUUUUCCUGGAAAGGACAGCCAAAUGGUGGCUUAAUGAAAUCAAAGAAUUCCGUGAAAAAAGUAUUCGUUUUGAUGGUCUUUGGAUAGACAUGAAUGAACCAGCCAGCUUUGUGCAUGGUUCCACGAAUGGCUGUAGAGAUCCAACAUUGAACAAUCCACCAUACGUACCAACUUUACAUGCAAGAGAGAUGGGACUAACACACAAGACACUGUGCAUGGACAGCCGUCAGUACUUGCCUGAUGGAACUCCUGUUUGGCACUAUGAUGUUCAUAAUCUUUAUGGAUGGUCGCACUCAAAACCUACUCUUGAUGCUCUACAUCAAGUAACAGGAGAACGUGGUAUCGUUAUUAGUCGCUCUACGUAUCCAACUUCUGGACAAUGGGUUGGCCAUUGGCUUGGUGAUAACACUGCUGCUUGGAACCAAGUGGACAAAUCAAUCAUUGGCAUGAUGGAUUUUAGUCUUUUUGGAAUAUCAUAUACUGGAGCGGACAUUUGUGGAUUCUUUCAAGAUACAACAUAUGAAUUAUGUGCCCGAUGGAUGCAACUAGGGGCCUUUUAUCCAUUUUCAAGAAAUCACAAUGGUAAAGGAUACAUUAGACAGGAUCCUGUAGGUUUUGAUGAAGCAUUUAAAACAUUGUCCAGGAAUAUUCUAAAUAUUAGAUACUCUUUAUUACCCUACCUGUACACCUUGUUAUAUGAAGCUCACACAAAAGGCUCCACUGUUGUGAGACCAUUAUUACAUGAAUUCAUUGAAGAUAAAGAAACAUGGGAUGUGUUCAGGCAGUUUCUCUGGGGACCAGGAUUUAUGAUAAGCCCUGUAGUUGAAGAUCAAGCAAGAACUGUACAUGCGUAUAUUCCCAAUGCAGUUUGGUAUGACUUUCACACUGGUGUGAAAGUUACUGAACGUGGUAAAUGGGUUGACUUGCCAGCACCUCUUGAACAUAUAAAUCUACAUGUACGGGGUGGAUAUAUUUUACCAUUACAAGCACCUGCCUUAAAUACACAGCUUAGCCGUAAGAAUCCAUUGAAGCUUCUUGUUGCGUUGGAUCAAAAUGAAGAAGCAAAAGGACAACUUUUCUGGGAUGAUGGAGUAAGCAUCGAUGGAUUCCAAAGGGGCAUUUACAUUUAUUAUGAAUUUUCUGCUGGUUCAAAUUAUUUGAACCUCAAUGCAACACAUUCAGUGUAUGUUGAUCCAAAUAAUUUGAAAUUUGAAGAAAUACAAAUCCACGGACUGUCAAAGCCUAUCAGCGAUCUUGUGAUAAAAAAAAAUGGCAUUGUGGAAUCCGCAACACCUCAAAUCACAUAUGAUUCAGUUCAACAGAUUGCAAACAUAAAGGGUCUUCAAUUAGUUCUCGGAGGAUCAUACACUUUGGAAUGGAAUCAAUACUUGGAAAGAUUUGAUUGUUACCCAGAAGAAAGUGCGAGUAAAGAACAAUGUGAACAACGAGGUUGCACUUUUGAUGUACCCUCAUCAUCUGUGGUGCCAUCUUGUUUCUAUCCUCAAACAUACGGGUAUACUGUUAGCAAUGUUGUAGUUACCUCAACUGGCAUUACAGCAAUUUUAAAUAAUGCACAACCUUUUUCAAGAUAUGGUUCAGACUCUCCUACAAUAGAAACACUGCGUCUCACUGUGAUUUACCAUGAAAAUAAUAUGCUACAAUUUAAGAUUGAUGAUCCAAACAACAGCAGAUAUGAAGUCCCUGUGCCGAUUAGAACCCCAAGUAGGCCAACAAGUACAGAACAGCAACGGAUGUAUGAUGUUGAAAUUGUAAACAAUCCUUUUGGAAUCCAAAUUAAAAGAAGAAGCACUGGUACCAUUGUUUGGAAUUCGCAGGUUCCAGGCUUUACCUUUUCAGACAUGUUUAUCCAGAUUGCAACUCGAUUACCAUCACAGUAUAUCUAUGGACUUGGAGAAACUGAACAUAAAACAUUCCGUCAUGAAUUAAACUGGAUAACCUGGGGAUUAUUUGCCAAAGACCAACCUCCUGGAUAUAGACUAAAUUCAUAUGGUGUGCAUCCCUUCUACAUGGGACUUGAAAAUGAUGGCAAUGCUCAUGGAGUGUUUCUACUUAACAGCAAUGCAAUGGAUUUAACUCUGCAACCUACACCAGCCCUUACUUAUCGUACAAUCGGAGGGAUUUUAGACUUUUAUGUUGUGUUGGGGCCCACUCCGGAGACAGUGGUUCAACAGUACACAAAUCUUGUAGGCCGCCCUGUCAUGCCAGCAUAUUGGUCACUUGGAUUCCACUUAUGUCGCUACGGGUAUAAGAAUCACACAGAAAUAGAAGAGCUUUAUCAUGAAAUGGUUGCAGCUCAGAUUCCAUAUGAUGUACAAUAUGCAGAUAUUGACUACAUGGAAAGACAGAUGGAUUUCACUUUGGGCUCAGAAUUUUCGGGUCUUCCUGCUGUUGUUGACAGACUCAGACAAGAUCAUAUGAAGUUCAUCAUAAUGCUGGAUCCUGCUAUUGCAGGGAAUGAAACUCAACCUUAUCCUGCUUUCACUAGAGGAGUUGAAAAAGAUGUGUUUAUUAAAAGGUCAAAUGGAAAAGAUAUCUUAUGGGGCAAGGUGUGGCCUGAUUUACCCAAUGUAACUGUGGAUAACUCACUUGAUUGGGAUACACAAGUUGCAAUUUUCAGAGCUCACACAGCAUUUCCAGAUUUCUUCAAAAACAUCACAGCAGAAUGGUGGUUUGAUGAAGUAAAACAAUUCCGGGAAGAUUAUAUUAGAUUUGACGGUCUAUGGAUAGAUAUGAAUGAACCUGCAAGUUUUGUACAUGGAUCAGUCACGGGCUGUGACAGUGUAAUUCUUAACAAACCCCCAUACAUGCCAGAAUUAGAAUCAAGACAUAUGGGGUUGCCCCACAAGACCAUAUGCAUGGAUAGCUAUCAGACUUUGCCGGAUGGAACACCAGUGAGACACUACGAUGUCCAUAAUCUUUACGGGUGGUCACAUGCAAAACCAACAUAUGAUGUCUUGAGGAACAUAACUGGGCAAAGAGGAAUUGUUGUUACUCGUUCUACAUAUCCAACUGUUGGACAGUGGGUGGGACACUGGCUUGGUGAUAACACAGCUGCUUGGAACCAAGUGGACAAAUCAAUCAUAGGUAUGAUGGAAUUUAGUCUUUUUGGAAUAUCUUAUACUGGAGCAGAUAUUUGUGGAUUCUUUGGAAAUACAACAUAUGAUUUAUGUGCCCGGUGGACGCAAUUGGGAGCAUUUUACCCAUAUGCAAGAAACCACAAUGGAAUAGACUAUAUGAGACAAGAUCCUGUCAGCUUUGAUGACAAGUUUAAAAACAUGGCCAAAAAUGUUAUCACUAUCAGAUACAGACUAUUGCCAUAUCUAUAUACUCUCAUGUUCGAAGCCCACACACAGGGUACUACUGUUAUUCGUCCUCUAUUACAUGAAUUUACUUCAGACAGAGAAACCUGGGAUGUCUUUCAGCAGUUCUUAUGGGGACCUGCAUUUUUGAUCAGUGCAGUUGUAGAUGAAGGAGCAACAUCAGUAAAGGCAUAUCUACCCAACACCAAAUGGUAUAACUAUCACACGGGGAUUCAAGUAAAUGAACGAGGCCAAUGGGUUAAUUUAUCAGCACCUUGGGACCACAUUAAUCUUCAUGUAAGAGGUGGCUACAUCAUACCCUGGCAAGAGCCUGCUAAUAAUACUUUCUAUAGCCGUCAGAAAUUCAUGGGUCUUAUUGUUGCUUUGGAUGACAAUGCAAAGGCUAAUGGAAAUCUGUUUUGGGAUGAUGGAACAAGUAUAGAUUCAAUAGAAAAUGGAAAAUAUCUGCAUGCACUUUUUACUGCAGACAAGGCAACUAUAACAAGUGUGGUUACACAUAAUGACUACAUAACAUCAGCAAACCCUUUGCUUCUUGGACAUGUUUAUAUCUGGGGAGUUGGUAAAGAUCCUAUUACAUCUGUAACAGUUACAUACAAUGGUGUUCAGGAAGCUAUUACACACUUUACAGCAGUAGAUGAGGUUCUUGAAAUCCACCUUGUUGACAAACAUUAUAAUUUAGGAGAAUCAAUUACAGUUACAUGGCAAGCUUGAUAUGUUGAUUUGUAUUUAGAAAAUCUUGAAUUGUAUUACUGUAAUCUUGACUUUUACAUUAUUUUUAUGUUUUUUGCAAUAUUAAACAAGUCAUUAUCUGUUCUAUGAGAAACAUUACACAUUGCUUAACUUUGCUGGUGAAAUGUCAAUAAACAGAAUUAACAAUA